GAAAUUGAAAACACAACCCCUAAAAAUACGCUCAAAUUUGAAUAGCUGAAGGAAACAUUGCUAUUGCUUCCUUCUCUCUCCUUAGUUCUUACCUUACCCGCACACUCAUCUUCUCCCUUGGUGUUCCUCGUUGCUGCAUCUCCUCCACCCCCAACUAAACAAUACACCUUCAAGAUCUUCAUUCCUGCCCAAAGGUGUAGUUUUUAUUUUUCUUCUUCUUGUUAUUAAUUGCUUGAAUGAUUCAACAGCAUAAGGGGAGUUACUAGGUUUUUUCAUUGGAUUGUGAAUCUUUCAAUCGUCUCAUUUGCAAGUUCAACUAUGGGAAGGAGUCUGACUCCAGUGCUACAACGAGAGCUUGAAAAUCUUGACAAAGAUGCAGAUAGUCGCAAAUCUGCAAUGAGAGCAUUGAAGUCAUAUGUGAAAGAUUUGGACUAUAAGACAAUUCCUAUCUUUCUUGCACAAGUUUCUGAGACCAAGGAAACCGGUACUUUGUCUGGAGAAUUCACAAUUUCACUGUAUGAAGUUCUUGCUCGGGUUCAUGGUGUCAAGAUUGUUCCCUUGAUAGACAGCAUUAUGCAAUCCAUAGUUCAAACCUUAGCUUCAAGCGCAGGGUCUUUCCCUCUUCAGCAGGCUUGCUCAAAGGUGGUUCCAGCUGUAGCAAGAUAUGGAAUUGACCCCACAACCGCAGAUGAGAAGAAGAGGAGCAUAAUUCAUUCUAUUUGUAAGCCUCUUUCUGAUUCUCUUUCGAGUUCUCAAGAGAGUUUGAGUUGUGGCGCUGCACUAUGCUUGAAAGCUCUUGUGGAUUCAGAUAACUGGCGGUAUGCUUCAGAUGAAAUAGUCAACAGGGUUUGCCAGAAUGUUGCUGUGGCCUUAGAGGAAAAAUCCACUCAGACCAAUUCUCAUAUGGGUCUGGUUAUGGCGUUAGCCAAGCGUAAUGCUUUGAUUGUUGAGGCCUAUGCUAGAUUGCUCAUACAAUCCGGGCUGCAAAUACUACAUGCCGGUGGUGAGCUUCUGGAGGGCAAUUCCCAGAAGCGAUUUGCAGCCAUUCAAAUGGUGAACUUCUUGAUGAAAUGUCUGGACCCCAGGAGCAUUUUCUCAGAGGCGGAACAGAUAAUUGAGGUGAUGGAACUUUGUCAAUCUGACAAAAUGGCAUAUGUCAAAGGUGCUGCUUUUGAAGCUUUGCAAUCUGCCAAGAGAAUUGCCAUUGACAAAAAAACCAAAUGUCUAAAGAGUCCUGCUGCAGUGACAGGGUCAAAUUUUAGUAGGAGAGACUAUACGGAGGGAGGAAGUUUUUAUGGUGAUGGAGACCAUUCUCCUACAUCCAUGUCACCGGAGUCACGUACCUUCGACUUUUUCCCUGGAUACGAGUCCCUUGUUGAGUCUCCCUUUUCAACAAGUGACCCUUCUCAGAACUUUAACUAUGCGCGAAGGAGUGUGAAUAGGAAGCUCUGGAGCCAUGAAAAUGGAGGGGUUGAUGUCAAGGAUGGUUUAUUCUCAAAGGCAGGGCAGGGAAAUGGCUUGUUAGGGCACGCUGUGGAUCACGAGUUUCCUAAUGGAGGAGGAGAUUUAGCAGAGGAAUUUGAUGGUUUCUUGCUCAGAAGUCCUAGGCGUGGAGUAUCCGAAAGUACCAGCACAAGUCCCCUAAGAUCACGCUCCCAGGUUAAUGUUGACACCAUUAAAAUCUUUACAACCCCAAGGAAGCUGAUCCACUCUCUUCAAGACCUAAAUGAUGAGACCUCAGAUUGCUCUGAGAAUCUGAAUAAAAGGAUAAGGAAUCUAUCAUCAGGGAAUAUUAAGUGGAAUCCGGCAUGUUAUUCUAAAUAUGAUAAAAAUGGUAUUGCAGAUCAUGUGAACUAUGAUUGUAAAGAGAAUGAAAGCUCAUGUGGUGAUGUGCAGUUCCAAGGUGGACCGGAGUCGGUCUCAUCAACAGAUGAACUUCUUGGUGAUGCUGAUAUGCAAAGUAGAAAUGAUAUUUUAACUGUUUUGAUGGAAAAGCCAAUUCAAAAGGCUAAACGUAAAUUGGUUUGUGGCCUUUCUUUUGUCAUUAUUGCUAUGGCUACUCCUUUACUCUGGAUCAAUAGUCAGGAAGAAGGCCACUUUCUUGUCCCGACAUAAUGCGCUCAUUGUAUUUUUACAACCUGAGAAUUACAGAGAUAGUUUUAUGAAGGUAUUAGUCAAUUCCAACUGAAUGUUGGAAAGUUCAGUGUAGAAGUGAAGGAUCAGUUUGUAUGUUCAAGGCGCUUUUGUAUUUCUUUUAAUUAGUCUGUAAGAAUUUGGGAUUGAAUUGUACCUUCUGGUGGGUUGAAAACACAAAUGCUGCAUUUGGAAUUUGAUGGGGAGUCAUUCCAAUAUGUUCAAUCAAAUUUAAGACAGAUCAUCUAUAUA